CGAGCGUUCACUCGGACGGUGAUCAAAUAAAGCGGGUAAAUCAAAGUGCAAGAGAUACGCGAGCGCUGCUACUCGCGAAUGUUGUCAUCGUGGUGGUGGUAACCUGUGGAAUCCGCGGCCCCUGGGGUCUCUAUCAGCUGACAUUCGCUGAUACCACACACCAUGUCGCUCCAUCGUUAUCGGCGCUGCUGGCCGCCGCAGCCGCCCGUGUGUGCGUGCGAAAGUUCGCGGCGCUAUUUAGCGCGUAGCGCUCGAUUCGUAAGCAACGCACAAUUCAAACGCCAAAGCCGUGGAUCUCGGCGCUCGAUAAUCAACGGCAACAACAGCAGCAGCAGAGCUUCCUUUUGCAUUCUCUUGCACAACAUGUUCCAGAGGCUACUGGAUGAGUUCCGGGCUGUACCGGUGGCCCGGCAGGCUUUGCUGGUGGCGGCCGGUCUCGGCGGGGUGGCACUGGUAUCGGCAGCCGCCUACCUGGCCAAGCAGCGCCUCGACAACACGCCCCCGAAGCGGUGGCGCAAGGCCGGCGAGCUGACCGACAUCUACGUCUAUCCGAUCAAAUCGUGCGGUCCAGUCGUCCUGAAGGCGAUCGACUGUGCCGGUACCGGACCGGGUCAGGAGCUGUUGCGCGACCGCACCUUCAUGGUGACGAAUGAAGAUGGCAAUUUCGUGACGGCGCGCAUGAAGCCAAAAAUGGUGUUGAUUGCGCCGCGUUACGAUGCACCGAGCGCAACACUGUACCUCCAAGCACCUGGUAUGCCGGAGCUACGGAUCGAUGUGGGCGAGCUGGCUCGGAGGGCAGCCGGCAGUGGGACGACCGCUGAUCCAGUGAACGAGCGCAGUACAGUUUGGGGCGAGGGCGUCACAGUUCUCGAUUGUGGGGACACCGUGGCCCAGUGGUUCUCACGCUACUUGCUCGAUAAGAACGGCGGCUACCGGUUGCGGUACUAUCCGCACGCUCACAGCCAGCGGCGCCGGAACGGCGACGACACCGGUACACUGCACGACGAGACGAGCUACAUGCUGUUCAACGAGGCCAGCGUGACCGAGCUGAAUGGUCGGCUGGAGAACAAGGUCACACCGCUGCGCUUCCGGCCCAACUUUGUCGUUCGUGGCCCGGAACCGUAUGCUGAAGAUCGCUGGAAGUGGGUGCGGAUCGGGGAGGUCGUGUUCCGCUAUCGCAUUCCGUGUUUGCGGUGCGUCUUCACCACCAUCGAUCCGGAUACCGGGGUCGCCCACCCGGACAAGGAACCGUUGCGGACGCUGAAACAAUAUCGACAGAUACCGGAGCUGGGCGAAUCACCGGCCCUCGGCAUCCAUCUUGGAUUGCGCCGCACCGGCACCAUCAAGGUCGGCGACUCCGUCUACUUUGCCUAGCCACGUUGUUAUUGGACCCGAAUUUCUUUCGCCAACCAAACAAUCAACCCAACGCAACCAAUCAAAGAGACGUUUUGGAUCAAUUGAACACUGAUUCGGACCCACAGUACAGUGGCCAAAUCGCUUGUUUGUCGCACUAGUCGUCUCGCGUACACGAGUAAAUACAUAUGUUUUCCGAGACGCGAAACCAACCGA